AUGAAUGAUUCAAAUUCAUUAAAUAAUUCACUUUUAAGAUUUAAUAAACUUGUUAAGGAACAAUCAAAUUCUAAUUAUAUCUAUGAAGGAUGGCCUCCCAAAUCUCACAUUCCAAUCAAUAACAAUUUUGGACCUUUGGGUCGUAAUGUGUUUGUAAUGAAUAGAAGAUUAGAAAAUGGUAAGGAUUUUGAACCCACACUAGUCUUUUGCUGUGGUCUCAAGCCAAUGCUAAUGAUGUCAAAAGUUGAAUUUUCAAACUUCAUUUCACAUUUACCAAACAUUAAAAUUAACUUAACUUCUUUUUUUAAACUACUCUAG